AUGGCCAGACCUGUUAAGCGUUACCAUGGCGUUGGCCGUGGAACAUUUCGGAGUUUCCAUGAUGCUUGUAUGGAAAUAAAGUCCCUGUGCGCAGCUGGCCGUGAGUGGAACUUUACCACAUGGGCUCGGAUGGAUCAGACCUGCGCCACACUGCGCUCCUUUAAGAAGCCUCCCCUGCGCCGACCGCACAGUGUCAUCGGAGGCAGUCUGGGGUCCUUCAUGGCCAUGCCUCGAAACGGCAGCCGUCUCGACAUUGUUCAUGAGAAUCUGAAGAUGGGUUCAGAUGGAGAGAGCGAUCAGGCCUCAGGGACGUCCUCGGACGAAGUGCAAUCACCCACUGGCGUGUGUCUCCGCAGCAGAUCUCACCGGCGCAUAUCCAUGGAGGACCUGAAUAAACGCUUGUCUUUGCCUGCUGAUAUCCGGAUUCCUGACGGCUACCUGGAAAAGCUGCAGCUGAGCAGCCCGCCGUUUGACCAACCCCUCAGCCGACGGUCACGUAGAGCCUCGCUGUCAGAAAUCGGCUUUGGGAAACUGGAGACCUACAUCAAACUGGACAAGUUGGGAGAGGGGACGUAUGCCACCGUUUUCAAGGGGAGGAGCAAACUGACGGAUAACCUGGUAGCUCUGAAAGAGAUCCGGUUGGAGCACGAGGAGGGCGCUCCAUGCACAGCGAUUAGAGAGGUGUCAUUAUUGAAGGAUUUAAAGCACGCCAACAUCGUCACGCUUCAUGAUAUUGUCCACACGGACAAAUCCCUGACUCUGGUUUUUGAGUACCUGGAUAAGGAUCUGAAGCAGUACAUGGAUGAUUGUGGAAACAUCAUGAGCAUGCACAACGUUAAGAUUUUCCUGUUCCAGAUCUUGAGAGGACUGGCGUACUGCCACAAACGAAAGGUUCUGCACCGGGACCUGAAACCACAGAACCUGCUCAUCAAUGAAAGGGGUGAACUCAAACUGGCCGACUUUGGUCUGGCACGAGCCAAGUCUGUUCCCACUAAGACUUACUCUAAUGAGGUGGUGACCUUAUGGUACAGACCUCCUGAUGUACUACUGGGAUCCUCAGAGUACUCCACACAGAUCGAUAUGUGGGGUGUUGGAUGUAUAUUUUAUGAAAUGGCUGCAGGUCGGCCGCUGUUCCCAGGAUCCACCGUUGAAGAUGAGCUGCAUCUAAUCUUCAGAUUACUGGGUGAGCAAACACACACACCCACACACACACCCACAUGCUCACACUCAGCUCUCCAACUAAAUGAUUCAAUUCAGAGCCUGCAUGAUGAAACGCACACUUCAACUCCAGACAUUACGACAUUAAACACACACACACACACACACACACUCUCAGACCAGACGUGUCAUGGUGUUCAGACUCAGAAGUGCUUCUCACCUGCUUUAAAAAACAAACUGCAACCAUCUGAUCAGCCCUUCAUCAAUCAUGCACCCAGGUUGGAUACUGAAGGAAUAGAGCUGUUAUUGUCCUUUCUAAGGUAUGAAUCCAAGAAGAGGAUCUCUGCAGAUGAAUCAAUGAAACACUCCUACUUCAAGAGUCUGGGCAUGCGUGUGUGCACACUGUUAGAGAACAUAUCCAUAUUUACACUGAAGGAAGUGCAGCUUCAGAGGGACCCCGGUUACAGGAACUCCUCGUACCCAGAGACAGGCAACAGCAAGAACAGACGGCAGAGCAUGCUGUUUUAAGCUGCGUUCCCUCCCGCUCUUGCCCAUCACUCUCACACAAGCACACACACACACACUUGACGGAUCAGUUCGACAGCGCUUAUUCCGUGACUGUGUUGUAUAGACUAACAGAUUUAGUCCCCCCCCUCGCUCACAGAGAGAGGGUGAUUGUCACGUGUGCAUGCGUGGUGAAGGGGAUCGGCCGAACCCGCUGUCUCCCCCCCCAGUGUCCCGCCAUCCAGCAUGCAGCCUUGAGCCAGAACACCCAUCGGCCCCUCGUCUGGAUGCCCUUUCCCCUUCCCCCGUGUGACGCUUAGGGUGUGCGAAAGUGUGAACGCGUAUAUAUAUUUAUUGACAGAGGGGUUGUUUUGCUGCUAAUUGACUACUGUCUCGAUGUAACUUCCUCACUCUUGGGUGACCCUCCCAGUUGUUGCGGACUCAUCAGUCCCACGUUUUUGUUUUGUUUAAAAAGAACGAUUAUAAUUCUGUUGAAAAAUGUUGAUAUCGCAGCUGUCUUUGUCGUGGUUUUACAGAGGUGGAAUGCCUAUACGAGUGUUUUGAAUUUGCUUUUGGUUUUCCUGGCAUGAUGAUUGCACUUCAAACCGAGCGAUGCUCAAAAUAUUCAUUCCAAAACCUCAAAUUUUAACUUAUCAUUUCAAGAAAUUUGUGGAUUUGUUCCUCAAAGGCCACGUCAAGCAAACCAGGGACCAUCUCGGACCAGGUGGGCUUCAGAAAGACGCAAAACGAGGGUGGGAAAAAAACAAACACUGGACCAGCAGAAACUUUGUGACCUCACCGUUUUAAACUGA